AUAUUAAAUCGAAAACUUCAUUAAUUUUCUCUAACCAAAGAUAAAACAUAAAACCCUAUUUUGAAACAAAAUUCAUCACAAUUCUUUUCCUUAAAAUGGGGGAUCCUUACUGGCGAUAUCCCGGCGCCGGAGGUCGUCCGUCAUCAUCGGAGAUAGGACACGUACCUCAGGCAACUUUUCCAGGCUACUUGUCGUCUGAACCUCAGGCAACUUUUCCAGGUUACUUGUCGUCUGAAACAUCAACUCUCGCCAAUUAUAAUACGUAUAGCUCCGUUGAUCCACGGACUGCUUCCUCAGAUUUUUUACAUAAAGAUAUCAUAUCAUCCCGCUCUGGGGCAUAUGGCAUAGAUGACAUUCCUAGUGUCCGUGCUGAACCGGAUAUCACUGGAUUGGUUGCUGGAGCUAGCUACAGAGGCUACCCAUCUUCUUAUGAGGAUCCUAAUGUGUCAGUUCGCCAGAGAGAUGUUGCUUCAGGGAUCAACGCUGUAAAUCCUGAUGUUGGUUAUGACAAGCCCAGUUCCAUAACAAGGACUGAUGGCAAUACUGUUCCUGCAGCAGAAUCAAACAUUCUGUUUAUUGACGGGCUUCCAACUGACUGUACAAGAAGAGAAAUAGGACAUCUUUUUCGGCCGUUUAUUGGAUUCAGGGAAAUUAGACUGGUUCAUAAGGAGCCCAGACGUCGGGGAGACAAGGCCAUGGUGCUGUGUUUCGUCGAGUUCACCGAUGCAAAGUGUGCUGUUACUGCUAUGGAAGCCCUACAAGGUUACAAGUUCGAUGACAAGAAACCAGAAGCCCCUCUUCUGAGGAUUCACUUUGCUCAUUUUCCUUUCCACCUACCAACCGAUCGAGAUGACCCCCGAGCCGGAGUUCCACGGUGACAAUCAAGGCAAAGCCCCAUCCGACGACAAAUAGGGUAAGUACUGUAGGAUCUCUUCCGUCGUGUUUUGAUUAAGAAGCCAUUGUGAAUCCACCACUUCUCUGUUCCAAAUGCAUCAUGGGUUGGCUGAUCUAGAAAAUGAUAAAUUAUAUAACCAUCUAUUCCUCUUUAUGCGUUGUUGCAUCAAGAAAGUUCUAUCUGCCUAUGAUCACCAACAGUAUUUGGAUAAAUAUAUAUAUAUAUAUAUAUGUAUCACAAUUGGAGAGAUUAUUAAUUAUUUUGCCAAGAAACUUGGAUGCUUCUUGUAGCUUUUGCUCUUGCAUUUCAAGAAUUCAUCUCAAAGAAUGGAUUUUUA